GCAGCGCUCGCCAUUGCCGCUGGUGGCAGGAGGCUGCGAGGAGCCGGCGCGGUCGCAGUCUCCACGGCGCAGGCCCACGGUAGCGCAGCCGCUCUGAGGUCGAAACCAUUAAAUGUGGUUCAUGUAGAGCACAUUUGUUUCCAACUCGCCCGUUGAUGGACACUUGGGUAGCUUCCAUCUUUUGGCUGUUGUGAAUAGUGCUGCCAGGGACAUGGGUGUGCACAUAGCUCUCUGAGACCCUGCUUCCCGUCCUUUUGGCAGUAGAUCUUCAUGGAGGAACACGGAGUGACCCAAACUGAACACAUGGCUACCAUAGAAGCCCAUGCAGUGGCCCAGCAAGUUCAGCAGGUCCAUGUAGCCACUUACACUGAGCACAGUAUGCUAAGUGCUGAUGAGGACUCCCCUUCCUCCCCUGAGGACACUUCUUACGAUGACUCGGACAUCCUCAACUCCACGGCAGCUGAUGAGGUAACUGCCCACCUGGCUGCUGCAGGUCCUGUGGGAAUGGCUGCUGCUGCUGCUGUGGCAACAGGAAAGAAACGGAAGCGGCCUCAUGUAUUUGAGUCUAAUCCCUCUAUCCGAAAGAGACAGCAGACACGUUUGCUUCGGAAACUCAGAGCCACGUUAGAUGAGUACACGACACGAGUGGGACAGCAAGCGAUUGUGCUCUGCAUCUCGCCCUCCAAACCCAACCCUGUCUUCAAGGUGUUUGGCGCAGCACCUUUGGAGAAUGUGGUACGAAAGUACAAGAGCAUGAUCCUGGAAGACCUGGAGUCUGCUCUGGCAGAACACGCCCCUGCGCCACAGGAGGUUAAUUCAGAACUGCCGCCUCUCACCAUCGAUGGGAUUCCAGUCUCUGUGGACAAAAUGACCCAGGCUCAGCUUCGGGCAUUUAUCCCAGAGAUGCUCAAGUAUUCCACAGGUCGGGGAAAACCAGGCUGGGGGAAAGAAAGCUGCAAGCCUAUCUGGUGGCCAGAGGACAUCCCCUGGGCCAAUGUCCGCAGCGAUGUCCGCACAGAAGAGCAGAAGCAAAGGGUUUCAUGGACCCAGGCAUUACGGACCAUAGUUAAAAAUUGUUAUAAGCAACAUGGGCGGGAGGAUCUUUUAUAUGCUUUUGAAGAUCAGCAAACACAAACUCAGGCCACCACCACACACAGUAUAGCCCAUCUCGUACCAUCACAGACCGUAGUACAGACCUUCAGCAACCCUGAUGGCACUGUGUCCCUCAUCCAGGUUGGUACCGGGGCAACAGUAGCCACACUGGCUGAUGCUUCAGAACUGCCGACCACAGUCACUGUUGCUCAAGUGAAUUACUCCGCUGUUGCUGAUGGAGAGGUGGAACAAAAUUGGGCCACAUUACAGGGCGGUGAAAUGACCAUCCAGACGACGCAAGCAUCAGAGGCCACCCAGGCCGUAGCAUCACUGGCAGAAGCCGCGGUGGCAGCUUCUCAGGAGAUGCAACAGGGAGCCACUGUCACCAUGGCCCUCAACAGUGAAGCUGCCGCCCAUGCUGUCGCCACUUUGGCUGAAGCCACCUUACAAGGCGGGGGACAGAUAGUCCUGUCUGGGGAAACCGCAGCAGCCGUCGGAGCACUUACUGGCGUCCAAGAUGCUAAUGGCCUCUUUGUGGCAGAGUGUGGAGGCUGCAAGUGGAUCCUGGCAGGAAGGCUGCAGGUGGGCCUGGUCCAGAUCCCUGUGAGCAUGUACCAGACUGUGGUAACCAGCCUCGCCCAGGGCAACGGGCCGGUGCAGGUGGCCAUGGCCCCAGUGACCACCAGGAUAUCGGACAGCGCAGUCACCAUGGAUGGCCAGGCUGUGGAGGUGGUGACAUUGGAACAGUGACAUGGACCUCUAUCAUGGCAUCGUUUUCUAGUCUACUUCAGAAUUUUUUACAUGUUUGCAGAGGUGCAAUCAAAUGGAAUUAAGUCUCUCGACUUGGAAAGAAAGUUUUGGUAACCUUUUUUUAAGAAGGAAGAAAGGCAGCAGAUUUUGGAAUCACAUUUUUUUAAAGCACCACUUCUGGGAUCUGGUGGAGUGAGAAACGACACCGAUUUCACUGUCCCAAAAAGCCAAAUUGUGGCCAGACUUGUUUGUGCGGAAAUGUGUGUAUACUUACGUGUGUGUACGUGUGAGUGUGAAUAUAUGUAUAUGUGUACAUAUGGACAUACACAUUUACAUAUAUGUAUAAAGUAUAUAUGUACAUACAUAUAUAUGUAUGAAACCCGCAUGGGAUUACCUGUAUGAAAUCGAGGUGAACUGUGCAUACAAGAACCCGCUCAGCUUAGUGGGCGGUAGGGUACAUGACCAGACAGUCACCUGGUUUUCGUUCAUACCAGGGUCAUGCAUUGAGCUACUGACAGACUCAGGCGGAGGUGACCACUCCUUCACCAAAGCUGCCUCCCAGGGGCCGCCUAGACCUCUGCUAGAUCCACCGAGGGAGGAAGACCCAGGACACCGCGUGGUCCAGGAAGUGCUUACCCAGUCCAGAGACCGCGCUUUGCCGGCAGGGACACUCUCGCGGCUGGCCCAGGUGCUGCUGACCUUGCCACAGGCAGGUAUAUGCCCUGCAGGCUCCUGGCAGGGGCAAGAAAUCUUUCCGCAGACUCCCAUCUUCCUCUCCCUUCCCUGGAAUCCUCAGUCUCAUGACUAUUAAAGAGUCGAUUGGUUGUAAGGUCAGGCCUGUUACGAACUGAAGGUAACACAAGUGUUAAGGGUCUGAGGAAUGUUUAUGGAGCAGUCGGGUGUAAGUGCAGGGCACGUGAGUGUGUGUGUGUGUGUGUGUGUGUGUGUGUGUGAGAGAGAGAGAGAGAGAGAGAGAGAGUGAGAGACAGACAGAGAGAGAGAACGGGAAGAGUAUAAGAGAGCAAAAAGGAAGGAGGGAGAAAACUCUUCAUAAAUCAGGGUGUGCCCGUGGGAACCUUGUUCUCGGCUGUCUGCAGCUCUGUUUCCACAGAGGAGAUUGCCUGAAGCAGGGCCUCUGCCGAAAGGCCAGCCGUCACAGACGUGCCUGACGACUCUGUGAGGACUGUCUCCCAGGCACAUCCUGCAGCACAGGCCUGGGACCGCUUCCCUGCUCACAGUGUGGAUUGCACUGAGCGGUCGUUGUCACUGUGAGCUUUUGUGCUUUCCAAUGACAAGCCCUGAGUGUCCCGUGGCUCGUUCAUCUGAUGUCCUGACAAGCCAAAUCUCCGCUCCUCACGUGCAGGGAGCCUUCCUCCUUCCUGCCAGCCCUCUCCCGUGCGUGAUAGUGUAUUUAAUGUGGUGUUUUUGGUUUUUUGUUUUUUAAUGAGACAUUAAAAGAUUCUUCAUGUCUUGCUCA